CUCUCGUCGUGGUCGCUCCCUCGUAUCCAGCCUCGACAAUGGCGCAAUACCACCACGGACAUUCGCAUCACCACCACCACCCCGAGUCGUUGAGUUAUCCGAAGGAGAACUAUGGUGCUGGUGCAAAGUGGAUCAAGCACCUCACCCAGAAUCGCUUGGGGACGUUCAACGGUGGCCAUUUCUCGGACGUGAACUUGUCCUCAGUGCUCUAUAUCCACCGCAUCGACAACCAGGAGCAUGUCAAGUUGGAGGUAUGGAGCGCCCCGGGUCUCACCAAGCCGAGCUUCGAGGAGGCCAUGAAGCAGAAGUUCAGGCCAGCGCGGAAAGGGGAGAAUUUUGGUCCAUCUUGGACGAACCACUGGUUCAAGGUUUCCCUGACGAUCCCUACGUAUUGGGAGCAGUAUGAACAGGUCCAGUUUGAGUUCGACCCUGACUGUGAGGCCAUGAUCUUCACCACCGAUGGCACACCUCUCCAAGGCAUCACCGGUGGGUGGGGAGGCGACCGGCGCGUCGAGUACAUCAUCCCUCGCGAGGCCGUCAAAGCUGGAAAGCACGAGUUCGUCAUUGAAUCUAGCUGCAACGGCAUGUUUGGUGUUCCGUGGAACGGUGAUACCAUCGCCCCUCCCGACAUGAACAGGUUCUUCGGCUUGAGGUCCGCGGACCUCGUCGUCCUGAACCUGGAUGCAUGGCACCUUCUCUGGGAUUUCCAGACCCUUCGUGAGAUCACGGACAAUAUACCGGGAAACACCGCGCUACAGAACAAAGCCUUGACGGUCGCGAACGAGAUUAUGAACGUCUUCGACAAGGGUGACGUCGGCAGCAUCAAUCAUGCGCGGAAGCUAGCAGAAGAAGUAUUCGGCGAGGAUUGGGAUAAGAAGGGCGAUAAGAUAUACGAGGAAGGUGCGAAGAAGGCGCAGGUGUGGGGUAUCGGCCACUGCCACAUUGAUACUGCCUGGCUCUGGCCGUACCGCGUCACCCAACAGAAGGUAGCACGUUCGUGGUCUACCCAGGUCGACCUCAUGGAGCGCUACCCGGAGCACCGAUUCACUUGCAGUCAAGCACAGCAGUACAAGUGGCUCGAGCAGCUCUACCCUCCUCUUUUUGAGCGCGUCAAGGAGAAGAUCAAAGAAGGCAAGUUCCACCCCGUGGGCGGCUCGUGGGUUGAGAACGACUCGAACAUGCCCUCGGGAGAGGCGCUCGCCCGCCAAUUCAUCUUGGGGCAGCGGUACUUCGAAUCCCGCUUCGGCGUCCGCUGCAAGACCGCGUGGCUGCCCGACUCGUUCGGUCUGACGGGGGCACUCCCGCAGCUGAUCCGGCUCGCGGACAUGGACUACUUCUUCACGCAGAAGCUGUCAUGGAACAACAGCAACAACUUCCCCCACUCCACGUUCAACUGGGUGGGUAUCGAUGGGACGCAGGUUCUCUGCCACAUGACGCCUGUCGACACGUACACGGCGCAGGCCACCGUCGGGGACGUCAAGAAGGGUGUUGAGAAUCAUAAGAACCUGGAGUCCUCUGGGACCUCCUUACUCGUCUUCGGCAAUGGUGAUGGUGGAGGUGGUCCCCUCGCAAAGAUGUUGGAGAACUUGCGUCGCAUUCGUGCGACGUCCAAUCACUCCCGUGACAUCCCUCCAGUCAAUAUGGGUCAUUCCGUGGACGAGUUUUUCGACGUCCUCUCCGAGGAUUCCAACGCAGGGGCGAAGCUGCCGAACUGGAGUGGUGAGCUGUAUCUCGAGUUCCACCGCGGAACAUAUACAUCACAUGGCUCUAUUAAGAAGGGCAAUAGGAAGUCGGAGAUCCUACUUCGUGACGUUGAGAUCCUCGCGUCGUUCGCGAGCUUGUUCAGGUUCCACAAGACUGACUACGUGUACCCGAACGUGAGGAUCAACGAUUGCUGGGAGAAGGUGCUGCUCAACCAAUUCCAUGAUGUACUUCCGGGAUCCGCCAUCGGCAUGGUCUAUGACGACGCGGAAAAGCUCUACGCAGAGGUUCGCAAGGAGGGCGAGGCGCUAAUUGAGGAGGCUUUCAAAGCGAUCUUCCCUUCCUCCGUUUCGCUCACCGACCCCACCUUCAAGAAAAAGACUGGCACAAUUGUUGGCUAUAACACGACGUUCUUCCCUCGUCGUGACAUCGUCGAGAUACCCCUUACUGGUGCCGCGUCAAAGUUGCGUUCGCAGGUUGUACAGUCGUCUAAGGACGGAAGUGUCGGCUUGGCAUUGAUGGAUUGCACGGCUGGUGGAGGUGUUGCGUUCGGUACGGGUAUGUACGCGGACUGCAAGCCUGUUUCCGUCACUCGUGUGACCGUUGAUCACUUCGUGCUGAAGAACUCGAGUGUGCAGCUAACCAUCGCCGACGGUCGUAUAAGCAGCCUCUAUGACGUCGCGCUUGAGCGCGAGUUGAUCCCGACUGGUGAAACUGGGGGGUUGGUCAUCUUUGAUGACAGGCCCAACUACUGGGACGCAUGGGACGUCGAGAUCCACCACUUAGAAAAGUUCAGGAAGCUCAAGUUCGAGAACGUUUCGAUCGCGGCGGAAGGCCCUCUCCGUGCCUCACUUAAGGCCAACGUCAAGUACGGUCAGAGUGAUAUCAGUGUUCUGAUUUCGUUGGAUGCUAUCCCGGCUUCGCUCAAGAAGAACUCCCGUUCGUUUUUCCGCUUCGAUGCCCAGGUCGACUGGCAUCAGCGUCACGAGUUCCUCAAGUUCGAGUUGCCCCUCAACAUCAAGAACGACUACGCGACCUACGAAACACAGUUCGGACACGUACAACGCCCUACGCACAAGAACACGACCUGGGACAUGGCCAAAUUUGAAGUCUGUGGUCACAAGUACGCAGACUUAAGCGAGUAUGGAUAUGGUGUUGCCAUCCUGUCCGAGUCGAAGUACGGCUUCUCGUGCCGCGGAAACGUCCUGCGCAUCUCGCUUCUUCGCGCUGCUACCGCGCCGGACGCUGAGCAGGACCAAGGCAAACACGAGUUCUCUUGGGCCGUAAUGCCCCACCAGGGUUCCUUCUUGGAGUCGGACGUCCCUAUCGCUGCGAUUAUUUUCAACUCGCCACUUCAUGUGCGACUCCUCGAGGACAUCAAGGACGUGCCUCUUUUGAAGACGAAGCCUGCUUUCUUGCUAGAGGGUGCCCCGAACGUCUUCCUCGAGACAGUAAAGCGUGGCCUGGACGACAAUUUCGAGAAGCACGACGCUUCUACCAUUGUCCUUCGUCUUUACGAGGCGUACGGUGGGCAUGGCUCCGUCAAGCUCAAGCUUGCGGACCACCUGUCCGUCGUGAAGGUGCUCGUCACGAACCUCUUGGAAGACGAGCUUGAGGAGUUAAGCGUGUACCAAGCGGAAGAUUCAUCAUCAAUCGUCAAGCUCAAUUUCCAUGGGUUCGAGGUCAAGACUAUCAAACUUGUUUUGGGCCCGAAGAGCGCCGUCCCGAAAAGGGAAAGUUGGGUGACGGUUGAGAAGCCCUCUUUCAUCUGAAAGACGCAUCUUUCUUUGCGCAGUAAAGUCAUGCUGCAUUGUAUAGGAUUGUUGACUCCUGAACGAUUGGACGGCCGAAUGCGUCUGUAUGUGAGUGGAUGGCUGCUGUUGUAUGUAUUACGUAGACAAUCAUAGGUCG